UAACUCCAAUAUGUUUAAUAAUAUUUAAAUAAAUAAAUAAAUAAAAAGGAAAAAAAUGCAAGACUUAGACAUCCAACAUCUUCAGAAAGCCCAGUAUUCACACUUAUCGUCGCUCUACAAAGACCUGAGAUCCCAAACCACUCUUCUUCUUCCUUUUCUAUCAAACCCGUAUAUCUCACUGCCAAGUCUCUUUCUCCUUCAUUGAAGUUUCUCACCUCCGUCUAGGACACACUUAUUCCUUCCUCUAACCUUUCUAUGGAUUGUAGCUCAAUCUUUCCCAAUCUCUCUACCACAAAUAUCACACCCCACCCACCACUAUUUAUUUAUUAUUUUAAAUUAUGUUUUGAUUUUUGUUUCAAAAUUUUAGUAAUUAAUAAAGUAGGGGUUUAUGUGUGUGACAAAUUAACAAUCACUAUUUGCAAGCAAAGUUUUUCACCCUCUUCCCCUUAGUGUAUAAAAUAUCGUUUGUUAAAAGUUAAAAAAAAAUUAAAAAAUAAAAAAGAAAAGAAAACAUCAAGGAGUCCUAUGUGAACGUCCAACUUUGUUGGUCAUGCAAAUAAAUUUCCAUAUUCACCGCUACUAUAGAUAAAUAAAAAAUAAAAAAUAAGAAAAAAUAAAUAAAAGAAAAGGUCAAGGAGUCAUGUGUGAACGUCCAACUUUGCUGGUCAUGCAAAUAAAUUUCCACACCGCUACUAUAAAUGCUCCACGGUACCAUAUAUAGCAUCACUGCUAUCAUAAAUACUCACACACCAUAACAUCUCAACUUCCCAUCCACAACCUAAUAAUUCAGUAUAGCAAAAGGAACAAACUAUUAACAUGGGGUUGUGCAAGAUUUCCUUAUCCCUCCUUUACAUUUUAGGCUCAGCCCUAAUCCAAUCGACUCAUGCCCAAGACACACCCCAAGACUUCCUCAAUUCCCACAAUUCCGCUCGCGCAGCAGUAGGCGUCGGUCCCUUGAUAUGGGAGGACAAUAUAGCACGCUUUGCACAAAACCACGCCAACCAACGUACUGGCGACUGCAAUCUCACACACACCUAUGGGCAAUACGGUGAAAACCUUUCCACAAGCACGGCUGACUUGCCGGGAGCGGAGGCUGUGGACAGGUGGGUGGCGGAGAAGGUUGACUACAAUUAUGAGUCAAACUCGUGUGUUGAUGGCAAGAUGUGUGGGCAUUAUAGGCAGGUGGUUUGGAAUACGACAGUUCGUGUAGGGUGUGCAAAAGUAAGGUGCAAUAAUGGGGGUACCUUCAUUGGGUGUAACUAUGAUCCCCCCGGCAACUAUCAAGAUGAGAAGCCUUACUAACCAUGGAAGAAUCAACAACCACUCUGGCAGUUUUUGCUGAUUAAUAUAUCUAUUAAUUAGAAAUUAUUCGAUACGAUCCAUAUUUUUAUGGAAAUCUCUAAAAAAAAUCUGAGAAAAAUAAAGAAAUCGACAGAUAUUGUUGUUAUUUCUAAAAAAUUUAUUCAAUAUCAGAGAAACUCUCAUAUUUUGUCCAAAUCAAUGUUU